GCAGCUUCCCGUUUAUCCCAGCUGCCCUUUGCGAAUCAGCGACAUUAAGCCAUGGCUGAAACACCCACUUCUGGAAAGAUAAACGUUCCCCUCGUUCACUGACCUUUACAAGGGUUGGAUGCAGUUGGCUGUCAGCAGCGGAGGAUGGAGUCUGUACAGCUGUUUUUCUGUUUCACAGCUGUUGCUGUGCUGACUCUAUGCCAUGGAUUUAGUGUGGACACUGAACAACCUGUCAUCUUCCAGGAAACGGUGAAAAGUUUUGGCUAUAGUGUGGUGCAAUUUGGAAGUGGCGCAAAUGCCGGAGUGUUAGUAGGUGCUCCACUUCAACAGGGAGUUGUGAAUGAAACAGGGAAAGUGUACAAAUGCCAGGUGACUUCAAGCAAAUCAGGCGGAUGCCAGGAGAUAUCUCUCCAAAAACCUGCUGAUGCAGUCAACAUGUCUCUUGGUUUAUCUGUUUCGGCCCAUGAAUCUCAAGUGUUGGUGUGUGGGCCCAGAGUGCAUCAAACAUGUGGGGAAUACAUAUAUCUCAAAGGUUAUUGCUUCCUCUUGGACCAGAAUUUGAGGACGAUCCAGCGCUUUCCUGAUAAACUGCCAGAAUGUACCAGACGCCCUGCUGACAUCGUUUUUCUGAUUGACGGUUCAGGAAGCAUAAGAGAUGAUCAGUUCUCACAAAUGAAGACCUUUAUUUCUGAGGUCAUAAAGCGCUUCCAAAAUACAAACACUCAGUUUGGCUUGUCCCAGUACUCCGAUAGCUAUAUAGAACAUUUUGACUUUAUCCUCUUCAAAGCUACCCCAAAUCCAAAUGACUUGAUUAGACCAAUCAGGCAGAUCAAAAGAGCUACUCACACAGCUACGUAUAUCCAGAAAGUGGUGCGUGAAAUGUUUCUCCCCGAAAAAGGAGCCCGCAGUGAUGCAUCUAAAAUUCUUAUUGUGAUAACCGAUGGAGAAAAAAUAGGAGAUAGUCUAGAAUAUGAGGAUGUGAUUCCAGAAGCACAAAGGGCUAACAUUAUCCGCUUUGCCAUUGGGGUUGGGGUUAAUUUUGCACAAGGACGUCCUCGUGAAGAACUCAACACUAUUGCCUCUGAACCAUCUAUGGACUAUGUUUUCUCUGUGGACAAUUUUGAUGCUCUCAAGGACAUCCAGAAUAAUCUUCAGAACAAAAUUUUUGCCAUAGAAGGUACUCAGUCCCAGAGCACUGGCAACAUCUCUCAGUCCUUCGAGUUAGAGUUGUCUCAGGAAGGAUUCAGUGCCUUACACACCCAGAGUGGCUCCAUACUGGGGGCGGUCGGAGCCUACGAUUGGGCUGGAGGACUCUUCCUUUUCAACAGCCAGGGUGAUGGGGCUUUUAUCAAUAUCUCCAGCUCCACAAAUGAUUUGAAAUCUGCUUAUCUUGGUUAUUCAAUUCAGGAAGUUCAAGUCAAUGGACAGAGAAGCUUCGUGGUGGGAGCCCCACGUUAUCAACAUGUGGGCAAAGUGGUCUGGUUCGGCCAAAGGAGAGGACAGUGGAAGCAGAAGUCCGAGCUCUCUUUAAAACUGUCUCCCCAGAUCGGCUCGUAUUUUGGGGCUACCCUGUGUGCUGUGGACUUGGACGGAGACAGGAACACUGACUUAAUCCUCAUUGGAGCACCCAUGUACUAUGAUGGCAUUGCAGGAGGAAGGGUGUAUGUUUGCCAAAGGAAGAGAGAAACAUUUUUCUGUGGCAUGGAAUUGCAAGGGGAGCCCAAUCACCCCUUGGGCCGCUUUGGAACCAGCAUAGCAGAAGCUGGGGAAAUUACUGGGGAUCGGUGGACAGAUGUGGCUGUUGGGGCACCACUGGAGGAUGAGAAUCAAGGAGCUGUGUACAUCUUCCAGGGAAGCAGUGGAUCUCUCAGCAAUGUUUUUAGCCAGCGCAUCCAAGCUUCUAUCUUUGCCAACAGGCUUCAAUAUUUUGGACAAGCGCUUGAUGGGGGGUCAGAACUUACAGGAGAUGGACUCCCAGAUCUGGCUGUUGGGGCUGACGGACAAGUGCUGCUCCUAAGAGCCCGACCUGUGGUCAGUCUGGUGGUUGGAAUAACCUUUAACCCAACUAUAAUCCCUAUCUCUGCCUUUGAGUGCGAAGGCCAGCAAGUGUUGAAUAAGGAAAUCAGUACGGCAACAAUCAACUUUAAAAUCAAUGGAGACUCCAGGUUUACCUUCGGCAAUGACAUUAUGAGCAACCUUCGGUACACGUUGACCUUGGAUCCUGGCCGACAGAAAAUACGAGCUGUUUUCCACCAGGGUUCAGGCUUGUCUACCCUCACAGAAGAGAUGAAGAUCGGUAUGAGGCCCGAAUCCAGGCAGUAUCGUAUAAAAUUACCGACUUGCAUAGAAGACAGCCUCACCCCCAUAAUCCUCCAGCUGAAUUAUACCCUGAUGGGAGAGCCCAUCCAACGUGCCAACAAUCUGCGGGCCGUCCUGCACAAAGAGGAAUCUAAUCUGCGUUCGGCAUCUCUGCAGUUUGAGAAGAACUGCGGAAGAGAUGGAAUCUGUAAAGACCAGUUAAAAACAUCCUUCAAUUUCUCAGGCUUAAACGAAUUGGUAGUUGGCCUAUCCACGGAAAUCAAUGCUACUGUUUUCAUUCGGAAUGAUGGAGAGGAUUCUUAUAGCACCAAUUUGACUUUCAUCUACCCAUCUUCACUAUCCUACCGCAGAUAUAUAUUAGUGCAGUCCAACAGAAAAUAUGUGGUCAUUAAAUGCACCCCUGUUCCUGCUGCAGAAGAAGUCCCUGUGAGGAACACUACCUGUGACAUCAAUCAUCCCAUCUUCCGGAGCAUGGCUGAGAUGAUCUUCAUUGUCAGCUUUUUCGUUUCCCAAGAUGCAAAUCUAGGAAGUGUGGUGCGGAUCAAUGCCACAGCUGCCAGUGAAAAUAAUGUCACUGUCACAAAGGACAUGGUUCAUCAAAUGGAGCUGCCCGUCAAGUAUGCAAUCUACAUUUUCAUCAAUAGCUUGGAUCAGUCAACCAAGUAUGUUGACUUUCUUGCCGGACAGGAAGAUGAAACUCGGACUGUGGAACAUCGAUACGAGCUGAAGAACAUAUAUCAUCGAAAUGUUUCCGUUUCAGUAACAUUUCAUAUUCCUGUGUCGCUGAAUGGAGAACAGAUUUGGAAUGCAGUCUUGGAGGUCCCUAAAGAGUUCCCCCAGAUCAUUUGUGUGCCUGGAGCAACCACUCCAGGAUCCAAAGAAUUUGUGAAGCAACUAAGCAAGCAACCUGUUUUGGACUGCUCUGUAGCCACCUGUAAAACAAUCACUUGCAAUGUUCCAUCUGUGGAGCUCCGUCAACCUAUUGCGUUCAAUAUCAGUGGGAGCAUUGGCAUCAAGUGGCUUUCGCAGACCCAGCAGAAGAAGGUGACUUUAGUGAGCUCCGCCCAAGUUUUCUAUGACGAGAGCAAAUACAAGCAGAAAGAAGGAUUCGUGCAGGACCGGGUGAGGACCACAGUGGCAUUCCUGGAGCCCUACAACUACCUGCCCAUCAUUAUUGGCAGCACUGUGGGAGGUCUAGUACUCCUUGUUCUGAUGGUUGCGGCUCUGUACAAGCUUGGAUUCUUCAAAAGACAGUACAAACAGAUGAUAGAUGAUGCAGAUAAUGAGGUGGCUGAAAGCCCACCAGAAACCUGCACCCCUUCUGAUGCUACCAAAGGAUAAAUGUCUCUGGAGAACCUCAGUCAUCCAGGUCACGGUUGUUCCAAAGGUGCUUUUUCAAAACGCAACUGGGCUUGCUUUGUUUUUGUGUUAAGACGUUUCACUUCUCAUCCAAGAAGCUUCUUCAGUUCUGAAUGAAUCAGAAAUUUAGAGUACAGUAGAGUAGAGUAGAAUAGAAUAGAAUAGAAUAGAAUAGAAUAGAAUAGAAUAGAAUAGAAUAGAAUAGAAAUCAGAGAGGGAAGAGGGGAGGGGAAGGGAAGAGAGAGGAGAGGAGAGAGGAGAGAAAAGAAGAGAAGAGAAGAGAAGAGAAGAGAAGAGAAGAGAAGAGAAGAGAAGAGAUCAUUAAGUGUUCAACAGAAUGAGAGCAUGGUGGGGAGGGAGACCUAUCUUGGAUGAAAAGUGAAAAGUCUUAAAGCAAAAACAAAGAAAGUCCAGUUGCCUUUUAAAAAAGCACCUUUGGGGCUAUCAAAGGAUAAUCAAUGGCACCGAAAAAAGUGACAUAAAAAAGUGACAUAACAUUGCAGUAUCCCCCCAUAUUUACAGGAACAAAACCCACACACUUGGCAACUCAUAUUUAUGACGGUUGCAAUACCCUGGGGUCAUGUGAUCACUUUUACUGACCUUCUGACAAGCAAAAUCAAUAGGGAAGCCAGAUUCACUUAACAAGUGUGUUACUAACUUAACAACUGCAGUGAUUCACUUAACAACUGUGGUCAGAAAGGUCAUAAAAUGGGGCAAAAUUCACAUAAGAAAUGUCUCACUUAGCAACAGAAAUUUUGGGCUUCAUUGUGCUCGUAAGUCGAAGGAGGAUAAGGAGCACACGUUGAUGAAGAUAUUCAGUAAUUCCAAGUAGAGUUUUUUGAAAAUUGAAUCAGGACUCUUUCCUUGUUGGUUCAAAACGUUUGCUGUUGUUCUUCAGUCCCAACAAAUUAGUUAGGGCAACUCCAUCUAUGUUUUAAGGUAAAGGAUUUAGGAGCUGGAACAUUUACUUGCCAACAACUCUGUGCCUACUCACCCAACAAGCUUAUCCAGAUGAGGUGAGAAAAUGAAACCUCACUGGAGAAUAUUUAUGGCAGGGGUGUCAAACUCAAGGCCCGCAGGCCGGAUCUGGCCCAUAGGGUGCUUAGAUCUGGCCUCCACGGCUGCCCUGGAAAUAGUGAAGGACCAGCCUCCUGCAGCCCUCUGCCAGCAAAAACAGAGCUUGGGAGGGGUGCGAGCUCCAUUUUCGCUGGCAGAGGGCUGCAGAAGGCCACUGUUUGGUGCUCUCCCUGGUCUUGCCUUCCUCCGCUGGAGACAGUGGAUCCCCGCCAGGGCUGCCACAGGCGCCCCUAACAUGUGAUGUCAAGCUGGCCACUCCCACCACAGCCAUGCCCCCCAACCCCCCUAAGGUCAAACACAACCCUCAAUGAACUCGAGUUUGACACCACUUAUCUAUGAGGUUCCCCUAACCCAGGGGUCCCCAAUCCCUGGGAUCGGCUCUGGACCAUGGCAUGCCAGAAAUCGGUCCUCAUGAACAAGCAAAGCCCCAUCCACAAGAUGCUGGCAGCACACGAAACCCUCCACCCUCUGGUCCACGGAAAAACCCCUCUCCAUGGAACCAGUCCCUGGUCCCAACAGGUUUGGGGACGGAGCACUGGCCUAGCCAACUUGUUCAGACUGAAGAAACUACUUAGACAAGCAGUGAAACAUUUCGAAUCAACAACAACAACAACAAAAAGAAAUCCAGUUGCCAUGACUCAACUUCUAACAUAUAAAAGGAGGUUUCAUGGAAGAAUAAAGCAUGCUAGUAAACACACCUAUUUUGAUAUUGAACAUGUAUGGUUAUAUUAAGAAACAUCAACCAGCUGCAGGUUGUCAGUAGAUGAAGAACAUACGAAUGUAUUAAUGAAAUACUGUAUUACUGGUCACGUUCUUUUGUACGAGUGUGUUUUGAGAGAAAAUAGGCAUAUUGCCGCUCAACCAGUGGUGGGUUGCUCCCUGUUCGCCCUGAUUCGGGUGAACCAAUAGUGGCGGCAGUGGGAGGUUCUGCCCACCCACCUAGAUGUCAUCAAAAAUGCUCUGCAUAUGCUCAGAAGCGCCAUGUGCUCGCAAAGCAAGCGCGCCCGCCCGCACGCUACCGAUAAUAACCGGUAGCGCUGGGAUUUGAAACCCACUACUGCACUCAAUAGUUGGAUGAGGGGCAUAUGAAUAGAAUAGAAUAGAAUAGAAUAGAAUAGAAUAGAAUAGAAUAGAAUAGAAUAGAAUAGAAUAAAUGUCAUAAAUAAACAAAAAAACAAUUGAGGAUUAGGUUCUGAUCCUUUGAUCCUGAUCUGGAGCAAAAUCAAACUUACGCUAAAGAAAGGAGAAACUGCACAGGCAGUCAAAGGCCUGAGUUCAUUGGUGCAGGUGACACCACUGCUUUUUUCACUCUGGGACAGGAAUAAGUCUCUUUUUAGUCAUCUGAAAGACACCUUAUCUUCUCUGCCUUUGUGGACAAAAGAAGUAACUAAAAAUGGGCUUUGUAGUGGUUUGCAAAGAAUCGGAAUAUGGAAACAGAAUGGAAAUGGCCCGAAGUU